GAAUUUUUUUUGACACGAAAUUUUCACGGUUUUCUUUAUAGGCAUUUUUUAGUUAAUUUUAUAGUCUUUUUAUCGUCUCUUUGGCCUAAUGUUCCUCAUAUUUAGGAUUAAAAGCCAAUUAUCGCCUUAAUGCAGCACAUUCAUGUGCUACACUGCCUUUGAUUCUCUAGAUGACCCUUUCUUCCCUCCUCAUCCAUAUUUUAUUUAGUUCGAAAAGCAAUUUUUCGAUUAAUAUAUCAGUCAACUCUCCCUAAUAUUUCAACCUGAACUCAUGUGCGAAUUUAAAUGCCUCCUCCGGCACCCAUAGCAUUCUUUCAUCUUCAACUAGUUCUUUCUUAGGUGGACAUUCACAUUACCUUUAAAUGUUUUUGCAAUAAGAAACACAGCCAAAAUCAACAUAAGAAGAAGCCUUUAUAUCUUUCAAAAAACGUAUCGAAUGUGUAGUAUCUUCUGCUAAUAAAGCAAAAUCUUUAUAUUCUUGAGUGUUUUUUAACAUUUAAAGAAGUCUUUUUACAUCCCCUCGUAAAUGCUCGACUUCUACUAAAAAUGUGCCCUCGGAUUUUUAAGAUAGUUUUAAUAAAUUUAAUUCGUGUUGAGCUUUUUCGUAUUUUCUUUAGAGUUAAUCUUUUUCGAAAUUUGUAUUUUCUAGUUAUUUUAUUAAGUCCAUAUUUUUUUGCGAAUUCCUAUCUUAAGAAAUAUUCACGAAGUUUAAUGUCUCAAGUUUUUCAUUCAAAAGAUUCUUGUAUUUUUAUAUUUCUUGGUUUUUAUUGUCGAGUUCUUUCUACAUAGAUGUACAGUGAGAACGCAUGUUUUCUAAUAAAUUAUCAUGUCCUUAGGCCAUUUCAUUAUAGCGGAGAUUUAAGUCUUAUGUUUAUAGAUUAGAAUAUGUAUUAUUGUCUUAUUGUUUGGAUAGUUAUUGCUUUAAUUUUUGGUUUUCAUACUCUAUUUAUUAAAGCUUUUAGUGUAAAUCGUCAUUUUUUUAUAUUUAAAAGGAUAAUUGGGAUUGGAGUUCUUAUAUUUAUUGCUUUAAGUA